AUGUGGUCGCACGUUGAAAUGGGUCCACCGGAUUUUGUGUUGGGCAUCACAGAAGCUUUUAAGCGUGAUACAAAUCCUAACAAGGUCAAUCUAGGUGUCGGAGCAUAUCGAGAUGAUAACUCUAAGCCUUGGGUACUUCCCUCUGUUCGUGAAGCGGAGGAGCGUAUUUUAAGUCGUCACAUGGAUCACGAAUAUCUUCCGAUUGGCGGUCUUCCUUCUUUCUGCAAAGCGGCUAUUGAAUUUGCACUAGGCUCUGACUGUUCCGCUCUCAAAGAGGGUCGAAAUGCCACAGUUCAGUGUCUUUCGGGCACUGGGUCUCUUCGCAUCGGAGCUGCAUUUUUGGGUCGCUUUGCAAAGGUGAAGGAGAUUUGGGUACCAAAACCCACAUGGGCGAACCACAUACCGAUAUUCAAGGACAGUGGUAUUACUGUGCAAUACUACCGCUACUACGACCCGAAAACUUGCGCUUUGGAUGAAAAUGGCUGGAUAGAAGAUAUUUCGCGCAUUCCGGAAGGAAGUAUCAUCUUGAUGCAUGCUUGUGCGCACAAUCCAACCGGUGUGGAUCCAAAUCAAGAACAAUGGAAGCGUGCUGGAAAAAUAAUCAAAGAACGGGGUCUCAUUCCCUUCUUCGAUAUGGCUUAUCAGGGGUUUGCAUCUGGUGAUCCUGACCGUGAUGCGUGGGCCCUAAGAUACUUUGUAAAUGAGCUACAUCCUAGGACUCUUUUCUUGGCCCAAAGCUUUGCUAAGAAUAUGGGUCUCUACGGUGAACGUUGCGGUGCUUUUACUCUGAUUUGCGAGUCGAAGGAUGAAGCUGAACGGUGCAUGUCGCAAAUCAAGAUCCUCAUCCGCCCAAUUAUCAGUAACCCACCCCUCUAUGGCGCUAGAAUUGCCUCUGAAAUUCUUUGUGAUUCUGCGCUCAAAGCCAAAUGGAUGGUGGACGUUAAGAGUAUGGCAAACAGAAUAAUAGGUAUGAGGAAGGCUCUGAGGGAGGAAUUGGCUAAAGCUGGGUCAAAGCGCAAUUGGGAACACAUCACCGAUCAAAUUGGGAUGUUCUGCUAUACCGGCCUCUUGCCUGAUCAGGUGGAUCGAUUGACUAAGGAAUUCUCCAUCUACCUGACGAAAGAUGGUCGAAUUAGCAUGGCUGGAGUGACCUCCAAGAAUGUUAAAUAUGUGGCCCACGCUAUGCACACAGUGUCGAAAUAG